AUGUGCAAAUAUCGAGUCAUCAAAGUUACAUUGCAGGCUAUGGGAACUGGGUAUACUGGGAAUUUGUUGCUCAUUCCAGCUAAUGCAGGGCAGCGGGAGGUCACGGUACUCAUCGAUACAGGUAGCUCACACACAUUCUUGAAUAGCAUUAGGGCUGAAGAAUUAAACUGUAGAACCGAGACCAUAGCUCGUAUGCGUGUGAAGGUUGCUAGUGGACACACACUGUUGAGUAACUCGGUAUGUAAAGGCUUUAGCUGGAAAAUGCAGGGACAUGAGUUUGAUUUUAAUGUUCGUACCUUAGAUUUACCAGCUCACGAUCUCGUGUUGGGUUGGGAUUGGUUGGAGACUGUUAGUCCCUUCCAAGUGGAUUUGAAGAAAAGGCAGCUAGCCUUUGAAUGGAAAGGUCGUACCUUGACGUUACAAAGACUGACCAAGGAUGGCCAAUGUAAGGUGAUCUCGGGCCGGCAUUUCUAG